ACUGAUUGUAAGGUUAAUGGAAGUUGUCGCAUUUCUUUGGGAACUUCCAUCGAACACCUUGUGGGCAAUUCUAUAAGGAGAGUAAAAUUUGUGAAAAAGUAACGAUUUGAGCGAUUACAGUGUAGAUAACUCAGAAGGGUCAUGAGACGCAAGCAAAACUAGUUGGAUCCUUGUUUUAACUACCACUGAAGUUAAUAGUAUCGGAGAAGAAGAGAGGUUAUAGCAACGGUGAUGAACAGAGAGACUUUCAGAGCAAAAAGAAUGGUUAGAGGGCAAACAUGUAAAUAACGACUGAGUUAGAGGGCAAUACGGGGAAGCUGGAGUUUGUUCUUUUUAAAGCAUCCGCUAGGUUUUUUUUUGGUCUCCCAGCUCAGUCAGUCAUUAUCAUCCUGUGGUUCUCCGUGCGUAUUUCUCAGGUCAUAACUUCAUAAAGCUUGAGAAACUCCAAACACAUGGCAAAAAAGAAGAAUCCACAAGUUUUUAUGGAUGUAUCCAUUGAUGGCGAUCCAGCUGAGACUAUGGUUUUUGAGCUUUUCCCUGAAGUCGCUCCCCAAACAUCCGAGAAUUUCCGUGCACUAUGCACAGGGGAGAAAGGCAUUGGACCCAGAAGUGGAAAACCUCUGCAUUACAAAGGAUCCUUUUUCCAUAGAAUACUGAAAGGUUCCUCAGCACAGGCUGGUGACUUUGUAAAUCGAGAUGGUACUGCUGGGGAAAGCAUAUAUGCCGGAAAAUUUCCAGGUUGGUUACCAUUGCGCUCUUUAUCAGCAAUCUCUUUUCAAUUCCCCCAUCAAUAUUUAAGAGAUGAAUCACCAAAACUAAGGCAUGACGAGGCUGGUCUUUUAUCAAUGUCUGUUGCUGAUCGUGACAAGUUCGGAUCACACUUUCAUAUAACCUUCAGGCCAAAUCAGCAGCUUGAUAGAAAUAAUGUUGUUUUUGGAAAGCUUAUUCAAGGGAAAGAGAUAUUAAGAAAAAUUGAACGUGCGGGUGAUGAGGAAGGUAAACCUACUGUCAGUGUGAAGAUAAUCCGUUGUGGAGAAAAUUCUGGUGAUAAGAAGAAUGAUAGUGAUGGUCGGAAAAAGGGAAAGCACAAGAAAUCUUCACGAGAGAGAAGGAAGAAGAGGCGAAGACACUCUUUAUCUGAGUCAGAGAGCUCUUCAGAUUCUGAGACGGAUUCCUCAGAAUCUGAUAGUGAGUCAGAUUCAGAUUUGUCUACAUCUUCCGACCUUAGUUCUUCGAGCCAUGAAAGACAGAAGAAGAGAAGAAGUUCUAAGAAAGAUAAACACAGGCGGUCUAAAAGAAGAGAUAAGCGCCAUGAGAAAAAGCGAAGGAUUAAGAGAUCGAAACGCAAAUCAAGAAGGUCCCUAGACAAUCUUAAAGGUGUAGACAGUGAUAGUGGAAGUGAAGCAAGUUUUAGUGAUAUUGAAACCGGAGCAAAAAGGAAGAAGCCCAGAGUCUCUCGUAGAACAGGUAAUUUUGCUCUUCAACUGGACAAAAGGGAGGGGCCAGAUUUCCUUGACAAGGAUGGUGGUGAAGCGCCCUCGGGAAACAGAGUUCCGAAAAGUAAUGGAAUUUCAGAAGCUGCAUCAGAACAGAUUUUUGAUAGGCAACCUGAUAUUGUCGAUGACCAUUCUAGCAAAUCUAGGAGCCGGAGCUUGAGUCCUAAGAGGACAGUGAGUAGGAGCAUGAGUAUUAGUCCCCGGAGGAGUCAGAGUAAGAGCCCGAGUUUAAGUCCUAAACGAAAUGGGGGCAGAAGUCCUGCUAAAGGUAGCCGCCAAGUGAAGAAAUUGACAAACUGUAAAAGAGAAAGCCCAGGGAGUGACGAGAAAGGCAGACAUGGUAGAAGGAGCCCUACCAAAAGUGUUAGUGUUAGUAGAAGUCCGGUGCGGAUGAAAAGGGGAAGAGAUAUCAGUAGAAGUCCGUCAAGGAGUAUAAGCAGAAGUCCACUGAGGGUCCCCAAAAGGGUGAUCAGCAGAAGUCCAGUGAGAGGUAGGAUUGCCAGAAGCCACAGCAGGAGCCCUGUAAGAUAUUCAUCUCAUGGGAGCCUUGGCAGGGGCCCACUAAGAAGAUUAGCAAGAAGAUCACCUAUCAGAACUCCAGCCCGAUCUUCUAGAAGAAGCCUAAGCCGGAGUCCCGUACGGUUAUCUAGAAGGAGCCCGAGCCGUAGUCCUAUUCGGUUAUCUAGAAGAAGCUUAAGCCGGAGUCCCGUUCGAUCACCUAGGAGAUCAGUCAGCAGGAGUCCAGUUCGAUCAUCUAGGAAGAGUGUGAGCAGGAGUCCGGUUCGUUCAUCCAGGAGAAGUAUCAGCAGGAGUCCAGUUCGAUUAUCUAGGAAGAGUUUGAGCAGGAGUCCUGUUCGAUUGUCGAGGAGAAGUAUUAGCAGGAGUCCUGUCAGAGGAAGAAGAAGAAUUAGCAGAAGUCCAGUUCCGGCGAGGAGAAGGAGUGCACGGCCUAGAUCUCCUCCUUCUGGUCGCAGAAGAAGUUUGUCAAGAAGUGCUUCUCCUGAUGGGCGCAUCAGGAGAGGGAGAGGAGUUAGCCAGAGAUUCUCAUACGCCCGUAGAUCCAGAACUAGUCCAUCUCCUGAUCGAUCUCCUUAUCGCUUUAGUGAUAGAGUUGACCGUGACAGAUUUCGAAGUCACAGAGGGUUUUCACCAAGACGGUUUAGAAGCCCACUAAGACGAAGAACACCUCCAAGGUAUAGAAGAAGAAGCCGUUCUGUAUCCCCUGGUCCCCGCUAUCGCAGCCGGCGGUACAGCCGCAGCCCUAUCCGUAGUCGUUCACCACCUUAUAGAAAGAGAAGGUCACCAUCUGCUAGCCGUAGCCCGAGUCCAUCCAGAUCAAGAUCAAGAUCAAAAUCAUAUUCAAAAUCUCCCAUUGGGACCGGGAAAGCAAGAUCAGUGUCAAGAUCACCAUCCAAGGCAAGGUCACCAUCGAAGUCGGAUUCGUCAUCCUCGGAUGGGAGCUCAGGUGGGCAAAAGCGACUAGUAGCCUAUGAUUAAUGAAUAAAAGGAACCUCGAGUGUUUGUUUCUUUUAACUCAAGAAGAGACGUGAAAGAACGUAAGUAGUUUACUUGUGUUACAUAUGCACUGUCUUCUGCGUGUUUGUUUUGUUUGAUGAUGCUCCAACGUUGUUAUAUCUAUAUGUUGCCGACAAAUAUUUACUUCCAUUAUUCGUUGCGGGGUUUGUUUUGGUUCAGUAAUAAUAAACUUUUGACAUA